AUGCCCGGCAUACCUUCCAAGCCAAACAAUAUACCCCUCGCCUCUUCGCUACCCAAAGUUAGCUUUCGCAAGGUACCGCCAGACGAAGCGCUCAUCUUUCACAUUCCUCCUGGCAUUCUCGACAUAAACUCCAUCCCAUUCGGCUACAACAAUGGCUCCGAGUUUGACAAACCUCACCACUAUAUCCGCUAUGUCGAGCCCAUGGAGGGCGACCUCAAAAGGCAGGUCGAGUAUGACAUGGACGAGCAAGACCAGGAAUGGCUUGAUGCUCUCAAUUUCGAGCGCCGCAAGGACGGCCUCGAUACCAUCUCCUACGAGAUCUUUGAGAUCAUCCUCGACCAGCUCGAAAAGGAGUGGUUCGACCUCAUGAAGCGCGUCCCACCAAAAGCGAGACACGGUGCAGGCACGGAUCAUGCAACUCAUGGUGCAGACGCUGGCGAGUCUGACUCGGACGAUGGCGAGGACAGCAAGUGUGCCAUCUGCGAUGACGGCGAGUGCGAAAACUCCAACGCUAUUGUGUUCUGCGAUGGUUGCAACCUCGCCGUUCAUCAAGACUGCUAUGGUAUCCCCUACAUCCCCGAGGGUCAGUGGCUCUGCCGCAAAUGCACCGUUUCCCCCGAUCGCGCCGUCUCGUGCAUCCUCUGUCCGCACGAGGGCGGUGCUUUCAAGCAGACCACCACGGGCAAGUGGGCACAUCUCCUCUGCGCAACGUGGAUCCCAGAGACAGGUGUCAGCAACCCCGUCUAUAUGGAGCCCAUCGACAGCGUCGAACGCAUCCCAAAGGCGAGGUGGAAGUUGCAGUGCUACCUCUGUAGACACAGAAUGGGCGCCUGUAUCCAGUGCGAUAACCGCUCCUGCUUCACCGCCUUUCACGUCACCUGUGCUCGCAAGGCCGGCCUCCUCUUCCGCACAGAACGCACCCGUGUCUCGCAUCGCCUCUACGACGACUCGGACAACAGCGACGACGAAGGCGCCGAGGUGCUGCGCGCUUGCUGCCACCGACACAUGCCUGCCGACAUGCGCGAUCAAUUCAAGAUCGACUUUGGCAGACAGGGUGCUCUGGAUGACGACCGCUCCGAGACUUCCUACCGCGCAUCGCCCUUGGUCUCACGCACGCGCGAGCUUUCGGUCGAGUCUGGUAUGGGCGCACCCUUGAUCUCGGUCAGUCGCCGCAGUUCCCUCGUCGGUAGCCACGACAGCGCAACAGCAUCCAGCAUCGCACCAAGCACGUCGAAAUCCGCACGUGCCUACAAGAAGAGCUUCAAGGCCGGUCCACCCCUCGUUCCCGCUUACAUUGCCAAUCGCGUGCUCGAGUACAUCACCAAGAUCCAUCUUCGCAAAAAGGCUACUGCCGUCCAGCUCAUCGCCCGCUACUGGUCUCUGAAACGCGAAGCCCGUCGAGGUGCGCCCCUCCUCAAGCGUCUCCAUCUCGAACCCUGGACCGCUUCGUCCCAGAACAAGGAGCAGACCGACGCACAAAAGGGCAAGAAGCUCCAUUUCCUGCGCACCAUCCGUGCCGACCUCGAACGGGUGCGCAUGCUUGUCGAACAGGUGCGGAAACGCGAGAAGGAAAAGUUGCGUCAAGCACAAGAGAUUCGAAACUCGCUCGUCGAACCUGUGUUGUUCCCCUUUCAUACCGAUCUGCGCACCGCCAUUGCCAAGUUCGAAGCCAUCGACAAGUACGGCUUCUUUGCACAGCCAGUCUCCAAGGUGGACGUUCCUGACUAUUACGAUAUUGUCAAGGAGCCCAUGGACUGGGCCACCAUCAAGGAUAAGAUCACCAACAAACUCUACGAUUCGGUCGAAGAGCUGCGCCAAGACGUGCUCAAGAUUGCUACCAACGCCAUGACCUACAACAAGGCAGAUACCCCUUACCACAAAGCAGCCACCAAGAUCCUCAGGAUGAUACCCGAAGUAUUCAAGGAGUUGGCAGCAAUCGAGACGUCCCAUCUUACUCUUCACCAGCACAAGAAUGCAGCUCAAGAGCAAUCUGCGAUGGAAGGCGAACAGCGCAUUGGCAAUGGCGACUCGGUUGCGGCCAAGCCCAUCGCCGCAAAGGCACGGGGACAGCUGCUCGAGCUUGGGCUUGAGCCUCCGGCAGAUCUGGUCUCACUGCUUCGAGACUACCGGUUGAUGACAGAACAACAGCAGAUCGAAAUCCGACAGCAGGCUUAUGGCACGAGUUCACUGCCUUCAACGGUGCACGUGAAGGCGGAGGAGGACGGCCAUGCAUCCACACAGGUGGAGGCGUCUCCCAAGCCACGUCAAAGACAUGUCACGCCGGUGGUUAACCUGAUGGAAGACUUUGUCCACCAGAUCUACGUUCCGCCGCCGCCACCGCCAUCAGCCUCAUCUGCACGCCUGGCACCAACUUCUACAGCAAGGCGGCCAAGUUCUGCCAAGACAUCAGCCACUGCAGCAUCAGAGGAAAAGACGUCAACGAGGACCGGACGCAAACGCAAGGCCUCUGACACGCAGCCCCAAGAGUCAGUCGAGAGGAGAGGCACGCGUCGGUCCAAUGCCAUGGAUGCUGCUGCCAAAGCCGAGCCGCAGCAAGCAAUUGCAGAAGCUACCCUUGCCACACCUGCCCGCAACAAACGCCAACGAGCUCAGACCUCUGUUCAGGGAGCGUCGACGGACAAUGUUGAUGCGCAGAGUGUGUACAAGAAAGAUGCAACAGCCACGGCAAAGUCGCAGUCACCGGCGACCUCUGUCAAGCCGCAAGAUGGCGUCCAAGUGAAAGAAGACGUGGGUGCGCACGACUCUUUCUUGCUCUUCAACACUGGCUGGGUGCUUCCCGCGGGAUCCAAGCGUCACCGCAACGCUGCAGCCAGACCGGAGAUGAUAGGCCAGCGACCACGCAAGAUUUCUGCACCCGAGUCGCCCAACCCAUCCGCUGCUGCUGCUGAACAUGCUGGCCUAACAACGCCUCAACAGCGCCCAAGAUCACGCACCGUACCAUCGUCGAACCCUCGCCUCUCGUCUGCAGUGCCGGCAUCGGCAUCCAGGAGCAGGCGACAGAGCAACACGCGCAAAGAGGAGAGCAAAGAAGCGGAUACGGCGGGGAGUUCCCCGUUGACGACGGACGACGAAGCCGAGAGGGACACGGAUCGCAAAACGCAGGUCAAGCCAAGCAGGCUGAAACGCUCGCGCGAAAGGGAGGCGAGUAACGUUUCCGAAGCUCCUUCGGAGGCGGCCGCUGCUGCUGUCGGACCGUCCACCGCCGCACGACGCAGAGCUCGCACACGCACCACUUCGGCCGACGCGUCCACUUCGCCCUCCCCCGCCAAACGACUCCGUUCGGCGUCCAAAACGCCUUCAGCGACUCAAGAAGCGACAGAUCACCUCGUCCAUGCUCCUGCAGCAGGCACAAAAGUGUGGGCCAAGGUCGACACAUUCCCGCACUUCCCCGGCGUCAUCGUCACCGACGCCUCCGAGUUUCCCGCACAGGUGCUUCGAACGCAGCCCGAGGACGCAAGCAUGGUCGCAGUGAAGUUCUUCGGCAAGCAGACGAGUUGGGGCUGGAUCUCUCCGCACAAGAUGGCGCCGCUGCUGGUGGAUCAAGCGGAAGACGACAAGUACCUCAAGCUGGCAGCCAAGAAGGGCAAGACGAAGCAGGUCAGGGAUGCGUAUGAAGAGGCCAAGAGUAGUUAA